UUCCCCCUCCCCCCGCCCCUCUCUCCUGCCGCCGUUUCCUUCUCGGCGAAUCCUUCGCUUCCGAGGUGGAAUCCAGCCAAAAUUGGCUCCAAAUUCCGGCGUGAUCGGCGUCGGUGUCCACGGGUAUGGUGUGAGGGCGCACUAGCCGUAUCCGGCUGAGGAGGUGGAGUAGUAGCGGCCGCCAUGGAUGAGGACGAGGUCGCCGCCGCCGCGGCGGCGCGCCGCAAGUUGGGGGGCUACCUCCGGGCCGUGGUCUCCGUGCCGUGCGAUGGGGGUGAGGGCUCGCUCGCGCCGCUUUCCCCCUGCUCGCUGUUCUCAUGUGGGGAGGUCUCCCUCGCGCCUGUCCACGACGGCGGCGCGACGACGACGCCGACGCCGCGGUCCAAGUGGAGGGCGUGCGGCGGCGGGGGCGGGGGCAGUGUCGUGCGGCAGCUGAGGGCGCUGGUGUCGCAGCGGUGCGUGGAGGUGGAGGGGAGGGUGCUCAGGGUGGUGACGAGGAGGAGGGGAGGGGAUGGUGAGGUGGAGGCGAGGGCGGUGGUGCUGUUCGACGUGUACCUGCCCGUAUCCGUCUGGUCGGGGUGGCAGUUCCCACGUUCCCGCGCAGCCGCAGCCGCCGCGAUCUUCAAACACGUCAGUUGCAAUUGGGAUGCCAGGAAUGAUUUGCUUGCUUUUAACUGGACCUCUCCUGACAAUCCGCACUGUGAUGAUCAGUAUAUUUGGACCUGCACGGAUUGCCACGUCCUUGGUUGUGAGGUUCAUCAGAUGCCUUCUGUAUUGAAUAACGAGAAGUCAUUUGAUCUGCAUGAGAUCUUCAAAACUCUACCUAGUGUUAGGGUGGAGAGGAGGAUGCAGAUAACAAGAAUAACACCAGAUGAGGAUGCAUUGGGAUUGGGUAUUUGGUCAGUCCCUGAUGAUAUCCUGUAUAAGGUGCUGGUUCGACUGAAACCCAGGGAUUUGAUUAGAGUUGCAGCUGCUUGUCAUCAUCUAAGGACUCUUUCUGCCUCUAUCAUGCCUUGCAUGAAGCUUAAGCUUUUUCCACAUCAAGAGGCAGCUGUUGAGUGGAUGCUUAAGAGGGAGCAGAACUUGCAGGCCUUAGCACACCCUCUAUACAAGGGUUUCUGCACCAUGGAUGGUUUUCCUUUUUACGUAAAUGUUACCUCGGGUGAAAUAUCCACUGGAAAUGCUCCAACUGUACAUGAUUUUUGUGGAGGUAUGUUUUGUGAUGAACCUGGUUUAGGAAAGACAGUGACUGCACUGUCUCUUAUUCUGAAAACACAUGGAACUCUGGCAGUCCCUCCACCAGGGAUGAAUGUAAUGUGGUGCAUGCAUAAACCGGAUAAAAAGUAUGGUUACUAUGAGCUUAGUGCUAGCAACUCUUGUAAGAAAAACAUUUUUUUGUCGGGAUCAAAAAUGUUGGGGAAGGAUGUGAUUAGAGAAGAUCCAUGUUCAAGUGAGUCAUCGCAUAAUGGGGAUUCAGUUCGCAGCACAAGAUCAUCAAGAAAGAGGGGCAGGCUAGUAAACCCUGAUAUCACUACGGUUCUUUCACAUCCAAGUGGGAAGUCGCCAAUGUCAUCACCCACUGUUGCUCAUCCAAUUCCAGCUACUCAUGUGCUAAAGAUCACCAAAAACUUGAAACAUGUUAGGAAGAACCUCAUGGACACAUAUAAUGAUGGUUCAGUUGGCAAUAAAAGGAAGAGAGAUGCCACCUCUGAGUUAAGUGAAACCUGGGUUCAGUGUGAUGCUUGCAGAAAGUGGCGUAGGUUAUUAGACGGAACUGUACUUGAUUCUAAUACAGCAUGGUUUUGCAGCAUGAACCCUGAUUCUGCACAUCAGAAGUGCAGUAACCCGGAGGAAUCUUGGGACUUAAAGCGAAAGAUAACUUAUUUGCCAGGAUUUUACAGAAAAGGUGCACCACCAGGAAACGAGCAAAAUGCAUCAUUUUUUGCAAACAUAUUGAAAGAAAAUGCUGAUUUGAUUGAUUCAGAGACCAUGAAGGCUUUGUUGUGGUUGGCAAAACUUUCUCCGAAGAAACAUCUUGAGAUGGAAGCAGUUGGCUUGACACGGCCAGUUCUAGAUGCACGUGCUAACACAGGAAAGGGUGCCCGUCCGUAUUACAAGAUUUUUCAAGCAUUUGGCCUUUUGAGGAAGGUUGAGAAAGGAAUAACUCGAUGGUAUUAUCCAUCUAUGCUUGAUGAUUUGGCAUUUGAUUCGGCUGCACUUGGAUUUGCCCUUGAAAAGCCACUGGACUUAGUGAGGCUUUAUUUGUCUAGGGCAACCUUGAUAGUGGUACCUGCUAACUUAAUUGAUCACUGGACAAUGCAGAUACAGCGGCAUGUUUCCUCAGACACACUUAAUGUUUAUGUGUGGGGAGAUCACAAGAAACCAUCUGCUCACAACCUUGCAUGGGACUACGACAUUGUCAUAACCACAUUUAGCAGAUUAAGUGCAGAAUGGGGUCCAAAAAAGAGAAGUGUUUUAAAGCAGAUCCAUUGGUUUAGGGUAAUAUUAGAUGAAGGACACACAUUAGGUUCCAGUCUCGCCCUCACAAACAAAUUGCAGAUGGCUGUUUCACUGGUUGCUUCUAAUAGAUGGAUUUUAACUGGUACCCCUACUCCAAAUACACCAACUAGUCAAGUUUCUCAUCUUCAUCCCAUGCUUAAGUUUCUUCAUGAGGAAGUUUAUGGUCAAAACUACCAGUUAUGGGACACUGGAAUUCAUAGGCCUUUUGAGGCACAAAUGGAAGAGGGGCGCAGUCGUCUUCUGCAGCUACUUCAGAGGACUAUGAUCAGUGCAAGGAAAUCAGACCUGAAAAACAUUCCUCCUUGCAUAAAAAAGAUAACUUUUCUGGGCUUCAGUGAGGGGCAUGCAAAAAGUUACAAUGAAUUGGCUGUUACUAUUCGUAGAAAUAUAUUGAUGGCUGAUUGGAAUGACCCUUCACAUGUGGAAUCACUUCUGAACCCCAAGCAAUGGAAAUUCCGUACCACAACUAUUAAGAAUGUGCGCUUGUCUUGUUGUGUUGCGGGGCAUAUCAAAGUAGCAGAGGCUGGUCAAGAUAUACAGGAAACAAUGGAUGCAUUAAUGCAGCAGGGUCUUGAUCCUUCUUCCGAGGAAUAUCAGUCCAUAAGAUAUGCUCUUUUAAAUGGUGCCAGUUGUUUCAGGUGCAGAGAUUGGUGCCGCUUGCCUGUUAUCACGCCCUGUCGGCAUCUGCUGUGCCUUGAUUGUGUAGCUCUUGACAGUGAGAAAUGCACAUUACCUGGUUGUGGCAAACAUUAUGAGAUGCAGACUCCUGAAACUCUUGCACGGCCAGAAAAUCCAAACCCCAAAUGGCCAGUGCCCAAAGAUCUAAUUGAGUUGCAGCCUUCAUAUAAGCAGGACGACUGGGAUCCAGAUUGGCAAUCGACAACAAGCAGCAAAGUUGCUUAUUUGGUUGAGAAGUUGAGAGGUUUACGAGCAGAAAACAUAAAACAUGGAUGCUCUAGUAACAGAAACAAUGGUGCUUGCCUUUCUAGUCAAUCUUCUUGUCAAGACCAUAAUAAGGGAAGGUUACCACACCCAAUGCCUGACAAAGUAAUAAUAUUUUCUCAGUUUCUGGAGCAUAUCCAUGUGAUUGAGCAGCAGCUGACCAUUUCUGGCAUAACAUAUGCUGGAAUGUACAGUCCCAUGCCAUUAGGCAGUAAGAGAAGUUCACUGAUGAAGUUCAAAGAUGAUCCAGCAUGCAUGGCUUUAGUCAUGGAUGGAACUGCAGCAUUGGGCCUUGAUUUGAGUUUUGUCUCCUAUGUCUUUCUGAUGGAACCAAUAUGGGAUAGGAGUAUGGAGGAACAAGUUAUAAGUCGCGCACAUCGUAUGGGUGCAACUCGUCCCAUAUUUGUUGAGACGUUGGCCAUGCGUGGUACCAUCGAAGAGCAAAUGUUAAAGCUUCUACAGGAUUCCAAUGCUUGCAGACAAAUGGUGAACAAAGGUACAAGCGGCACUGACAAUGAAGGUGCUCGUCCUCACCGGAGCCUGCAUGAUUUUGCUGAAAGCAGUUAUCUGGCGCAACUCAGCUUUGUGAAAGGAUCUGACGCGGCAGGAAAUAUAGUUGCUAACACUAGCAAAAUUCUUUCUUGAUCUCCUAUGUCUCCUUCAAUAUUGAUGCCCUUCAUUUCAUUCCUUUGAUAUAUAAAUAAUCAAUCAGCUAUGAAAUCUUUUUUUGGGUGAUUGCAA